UGAGCGCCUGCCCCGCACAGCUGGCCAGCGGAGAGCCCCGCGCCGCCACCCCCGGUCCGGGAUUCCCUCUCCGCUCCUCUUUGCUCCCGCGAUGGGAAAAGUUGGCGCCGGCGGCGGCUCCCCAUCCGGGCUGAGCGCGCUACUUGCCGGCGUGGGGCUCUUGAUCCUCUGCGCCCCGGGCGCCUGCGGCGGCGACUCCUGCUGUCCCCUGCGGCACCCCAGCUCGGCCCCACACUGGGCUCCGACCCCAGGGGGACUUCCUCACCAGGGCUCGCGAGGUAGAGCUCCUGCCACGCCCCUGCCCCUGCUUGGACGCCCCCUGUUCGCAGUGGCCCCCGGAGACCGAGCGCUGUCCCUGGAGCGGAUCCCGGGCACCGGGACGUUGGUGGAGGUUGCUCAGCGCUCUGGCCGGAGGAGACGGAGUGGAGAAGAUCAGAAGGCAGAACGGGGAGGGGGCGCGAGUAGAAGCCCCCGGGGAGUGUUAAAGGACAGAGGGCAGCAGGAGCCUGGGACUCUGGAGCGGGACCCGGACAAAGCCACUCGCUUCCGGCUGGAGGAGCUGAGACUGACCAGCACCACAUUCGCUCUGACAGGCGACUCAGCACAUAAUCAAGCCAUGGUCCAUUGGUCUGGCCACAACAGCAGCGUGAUUCUCAUUUUGACGAAGCUCUACGACUAUAACCUGGGGAGCAUCACGGAGAGCUCGCUCUGGAGGUCAACUGAUUAUGGGACAACCUAUGAGAAGCUGAAUGAUAAAGUUGGGUUGAAAACAAUUUUAAGCUACCUCUACGUGUGUCCUACCAACAAGCGUAAGAUCAUGUUGCUCACAGACCCAGAGAUUGAGAGCAGUUUACUGAUCAGCUCAGAUGAAGGGGCAACCUAUCAAAAGUACCGGCUGAACUUUUACAUCCAGAGCUUGCUUUUCCAUCCCAAGCAAGAGGACUGGAUUCUGGCAUACAGCCAAGACCAAAAGUUGUACAGCUCUGCUGAAUUUGGGAGAAGGUGGCAACUUAUCCAGGAAGGGGUCGUGCCAAACAGGUUCUACUGGUCUGUGAUGGGGUUGAACAAGGAACCAGAUCUUGUGCAUCUCGAGGCCAGAACUGUGGAUGGUCAUUCACAAUACCUGACUUGCCGAAUGCACAACUGCACAGACGCCAACAGACAUAAACCCUUCCCGGGCUACAUUGACCCAGACUCUUUGAUUGUCCAGGAUGAUUACGUAUUUGUUCAGCUGACAUCAGGAGGACGGCCACAUUACUACGUGUCCUACCGAAGGAACGCGUUUGCCCAGAUGAAGCUGCCCAAGUACGCUCUGCCCAAGGACAUGCACGUCAUCAGCACAGAUGAGAACCAAGUGUUUGCGGCGGUCCAGGAAUGGAACCAGAACGACACAUACAACCUCUACAUCUCAGACACCCGUGGUGUCUACUUCACCUUGGCCUUGGAGAAUGUCCAGAGCAGCCGAGGCCCCGAGGGCAACAUCAUGAUCGACCUCUAUGAGGUAGCAGGGAUAAAGGGAAUGUUCUUGGCUAACAAGAAGAUUGACAACCAAGUGAAGACUUUCAUCACGUACAACAAAGGCAGAGACUGGCGUUUGCUGCAGGCGCCGGACACAGACCUAAGAGGGGACCCUGUGCACUGCUUGCUGCCCUAUUGCUCACUACACCUUCACCUUAAGGUCUCUGAGAAUCCCUACACAUCAGGGAUCAUUGCCAGCCGAGACACAGCUCCCAGCAUCAUCGUGGCUUCAGGUAACAUCGGUUCGGAGUUGUCAGACAGCGACAUCAGCAUGUUUGUCUCUUCAGAUGCCGGGAACACUUGGAGGCAGAUCUUUGAAGAAGAGCACAGUGUUUUGUAUCUGGAUCAAGGCGGAGUCCUGGUUGCUAUGAAGCACACAUCUCUCCCGAUUCGACAUCUCUGGUUGAGUUUUGAUGAAGGGAGAUCUUGGAGCAAAUACAGUUUCACAUCUAUUCCACUUUUUGUGGAUGGGGUUCUGGGUGAGCCUGGGGAAGAGACUCUAAUCAUGACAGUGUUUGGACACUUCAGCCACCGCUCUGAAUGGCAGCUGGUUAAAGUGGACUACAAGUCCAUUUUUGAUAGACGGUGCGCCGAGGAGGACUACAGACCCUGGCAGCUGCACAGCCAGGGGGAAGCAUGCAUCAUGGGGGCGAAAAGAAUAUAUAAGAAGAGGAAAUCAGAGCGGAAAUGUAUGCAAGGAAAAUAUGCAGGAGCUAUGGAGUCCGAACCCUGUGUCUGCACAGAGGCUGAUUUUGACUGUGACUAUGGUUACGAGCGACACAGCAAUGGUCAGUGCCUGCCUGCAUUUUGGUUCAAUCCAUCUUCUCUGUCGAAGGACUGCAGCUUGGGACAGAGUUACCUCAACAGUACUGGAUAUAGAAAGGUGGUUUCUAAUAACUGCACUGAUGGAGUGAGGGAGCGGUACACUGCCAAGCCACAGAAGUGCCCAGGGAAGGCCCCACGGGGGCUCCGGAUCGUCACCGCCGAUGGAAAGUUGACAGCGGAACAAGGCCACAAUGUUACCCUCAUGGUGCAGCUGGAAGAGGGUGACGUCCAGAGGACCCUCAUCCAAGUGGACUUCGGGGAUGGCAUCGCAAUGUCCUAUGUCAACCUCAGCUCCAUGGAAGAUGGGAUCAAGCACGUCUAUCACAACGUGGGCAUUUUCCGAGUGACCGUGCAGGUGGACAACAGCCUGGGGUCUGACAGCGCCGUCCUGUACUUACAUGUAACUUGUCCCCUGGAGCAUGUGCACCUGUCUCUGCCCUUCGUCACCACAAAGAACAAAGAGGUCAACGCGACGGCAGUGCUGUGGCCCAGCCAAGUGGGCACCCUCACUUACGUGUGGUGGUACGGGAACAACACAGAGCCCCUGAUCACCUUGGAGGGAAGCAUAUCAUUCAGGUUUACCUCCGAAGGGAUGAACACCAUCACGGUGCAGGUCUCAGCUGGGAAUGCCAUCCUGCAAGACACCAAGACCAUCGCGGUGUAUGAGGAAUUCCGAUCUCUCCGCCUGUCUUUUUCUCCAAACCUGGACGACUACAAUCCGGACAUCCCUGAGUGGAGAAGGGACAUCAGCCGUGUCAUCAAAAGGUCCCUGGUGGAGGCCACGGGGGUUCCAGGCCAGCACAUCUUGGUGGCGGUGCUCCCUGGCUUACCUACCGCUGCUGAACUCUUUGUCCUGCCCUAUCAGGAUCCGACAGGAGAAAACAAGAGGUCACCCGAGGACCUGGAGCAGGGGCUGCUCCGCCAGCCUGUGUCCCUGUGUGACUACAACGAGCACAGCUCUAUUGCCUACCUGCCGCCGAUGUGGAAUCAUGCAGCCCACCUGACAGCAGCCCCGCUGGUGGACCUCACCCCGACCCACAGUGGAUCGGCCAUGCUGAUGCUGCUGUCCGUGGUGUUUGUGGGGCUGGCCGUGUUCGUCAUCUACAAGUUUAAAAGGAAGAUCCCAGGGAUUAAUGUUUAUGCCCAGAUGCACAAUGAGAAAGAACGAGAGAUGGUCAGUCGAGUCAGUCACCCUGAAAGCAGGCCCUAUGUCCCUCAGACUGAACUCAGGCGGCCUGGCCAGCUGGUAGAUGAGAAGGUGGAAUCUCAGCUCAUAGGAAGUAUUUCCAUAGUUGCUGAGAAUCAAAGCACAAAAGAAAUCCCUACCUAUGUAAAUGUUUGAAUGGAGGACGCCAGUAAAAACAAAAACAAACAAAACAAAAAUCAAAUAAAAAAACAAUCAAAAUCCAAACAAACAAACAAA